AUGUAUCCUAACAUCUCAUAUGCGCUUCUGUCGGCGGCGCUCAUCGUGCUAAGUAUGGUGCAUCUCAUCUUGCUUACCGUUCACCGCCCCCAGCCUCACCGUUUGCCUGAGAUAUCAAUCUUCGUUCUCUUUAUCUGCGUCAAUGCUGUUGUCAUUGGCAUUGGUCUAUCAGGCUUAAGGCGCGGGGAUGAUUCGGCUGAGCAAAAUCCAGAGCGGACCACUUACGAACGCCCUGCUGCAUCGAUUAUUUCUAGGAUAUGGUUUUCUAUCCCCCGCGGUAAAGUUCGGUUUGAUCUUAUGAUGGACUCGUCCACGACUGACCCUUCUGAAUUGAAGUUUCAUUUCUGCUCCCUCCUUGUCUUUAUCCUUGCUGGGAAGCUUGUCGUGCGGCUGGAUGCUUCUACUUCACAAAAUAGGCGAACCCUUGAGUACGCAGUUACUUUAGGCACGGCAGCAAGCAAAGUGAUUCUGGUUUUGAGAGGCGGAACAAGCACCCUAGCGAUGCGAGAAAAUGCAGAACCCAACAAAAGAACCGACAGAUCUCAGGAUCGAGAUGACGACCAAACCACGGCCCAUGUUCCACAGACCGAAAUAGGGAGGAAAAGGCGAACCGAAGUUCGCCAACGUCUGAGGCUCUACUGCUGUACAAGCCUCAAUCAAACAAGUGCAGUCCCGGCGACCCAUCUUAGCCAGGCUAUUGAGAUCGAUGAAGACCCGGAAACAGAAACAGACUCUGUGCUCGAGAUGUUGCCUUAUUCUGAACUGAAGCAGAAGUGGAGAGAGCAACAACAAAAACGGCAGACCUGGGUUAAUCGAGCCAUCAAGUGCUGCGACUGCGAAGUAACUGGCUCGGCGGUCAACAAAUGCGCAAGUGAGCAUGAGUAUUGCGGAAUUUUGUCUUGUGGAGAUGGCAAGGACAACCCCACCACUGGUGACGGCAAGCCCCCGUUUCAAUCUACUCCCAAUAAUGAGGCUCGCGAUCUCCAGUCCCAUUCAUCCAGCUAUAACCCGUACUCAAUUGAUGAAGCUAAUUGCUACUCAGACUAUUCUGAUAUCCGUGGUGAUAUAUGUCGCGGCGAUGAAAAUGCACCCUUGGCUUUCAUUGUUUUCAUCUCAGAGCCUGUACUUCAAGAGCGGCUGGAGUAUCUGAAGGCUCAUACUUCAGAGCUGCACAAGCAACGCAGUGUUUUUCGCACAUUCUCCGAGCUUAGAGUUGAUGGACCUCUGGCAUUACCAUACGCGCUCUGUCUGGUAAAGACUCUCCGACAACACGCAGGGCAGCAAUUGUUGAUGAACAGAUUGAAUGAUACCAUCCUCUUCCUCUCCACACGAUUGAGAGGGCUGCUGUCAACACAUCUGUUAUAUACUCAUCGAGAUUGCAUAAGUCAUGCAUCACUUCUACUUCAACGACCGGUGUUCUACAAGUGUUCAGACUUGCCAGGAAAUAUCUGGCAAGAGAGCACUGUUUUGAAUUUCAGCCUGGAUGGCCUAACUGUGACAUUGCACCUUAGUAAUUAUCGCGUUCUCAAAGUGUCUGAUGAGCUUUGGAAGAGGUUCAACUCCUUGGCUUCGGGUAUUGCUGAUCCGGCCGGAUGUUUGGCGUUGGCUAAUGUAUUUUAUGACUUUCUCGGCCGCAUACACACUCUUAAUGAUGAUUUUUCACGCCGGGACCCAUACAACGCCUCAUUGCUGGCGGGAGAACACGAAGAAUCGAGGGGUACCGUAAUGGCAGCUACAGUCCAUGUCUACCGCAUUCACGAUCCGGAACCCUCCGUGAUUCCUCGCACUGGGUUAUCCCCUCAGUAUGCCUAUGGAGCCCAUGUGUUUCGUUGGAAAGAGUAUUUGUUUAUCACCUCCAACAAGAAGCCGAAUGUCUCCGGAGUCCAAGACAUUUCUUUGAAAGGGCUCAGCGAUGAGCAAGGCUUUCUCCACGCUGCAGCUGCUUCUCGGAAAGCACCUCAAGUUGUUGAACAAGCAUAUCUGGAGAUUAUAAAUAACGAAGAGCUCGCAGGAGAAUUUACAGCCGUCUGUGACCGUUGCGAUGCAGUGAUGAUCGAGUAUCUGGAAAUCGUGAAGACCGAAUGGUUGAAAUUUGCCGAGGCAUUCGAGUCUGGGCUCCAAUGCCUUCUUCAAACGACUAAGGAGGCAGAAGUAGAGAAGGCCCUAAAGCAGUUGAAGAAUUGUCUGCAUAUCCUCAGAGAUAGCAUGGGAAACGUCACCCACGAACAACAAACGGAGAACAUCCAACACCCCAAGAGCUGGGCGCUCGACUCCCUCCUCUGUCUUCUCGGGGAUUGUCUAGGCAGGAUGGAAAUGAUCAAAUGGGCAUUCGAUAUGGCUAAACCAUCUAAAGGGCCAUAUGACCUGCUCCGUCUUCGGGGUGAUUUGAUGUACAUCAAGGGACGAUACAAGCAGGGGAUAGGGGAACUGGACGAGAACCUGGCCCGUCUGACGGCAAAUGACGAUGCUGCAACAUCAACCCUGACCGGAAGGCCUACUGUCCACCAAAGUCUUCUGCAUCUAUGCAUUGUUCUUCUUGAGUCCCAGCCUUCAAUCACAGCCCACCGCCUCAGACGGCAGCUGGAUAUUAUGAACUGGCAGCCAACCAACUGGGAAAAAACCUGCAAUGAAUCCGAUGAUCUUUCUGAUGACAAUUACCUUGAUAUCGCGCUUACUUUAGAGGACCUCGAGGCAUUUGAAGGCAUCAAAUUAACAGGAGAGAUGGUGAAGGAACAGUACACAGCUCUGAUGAGAGAACUGAGAAGGCUCGCUGGUGAUAUAGCGCCUGGUGUACCCAAAAGUGAUGAUUUUUCUCUCGCUGCGAACGUGAUCCUAAUCUGCACAUUUAGUUACCGGGAAAAGCGGAUCUCUUCUGAGGGCGCAGCAGACGAACUCGACCGCAUUAUCCUCCCUUUACGACCCAACAGAGACCCGGCUCCGUCCCCUGAAAUCAAAGACAGCGAUGUCUCUCGCCUACCGCUGCCUGAGAGGCGGUUGGGUAAAAGACUGAGUGAUGGCGAUUUAAACCAACAGAAACGGUCGAAAAUGUCGGAGGCAAGUGAUUUCUGGUGA